AUGACAAGUCUAAAUCCAUCUGACAUCCUUCAAAAUCCGAACGAACAUUUAAACAAAUAUUACAAACAAGAUUACAAUUACAGUAUCGAAUUAAUACGUUGUGUCAUUUUAUUAUUAAUCACCGUAUGCAGUAUUUACACGUUCAUAGAUUUGCACGAUUUUAAAUCGCGAAUUAGAAUGACCGGUUCAAUAAGUUUUUUCAUUAUGGGAUUUAUAAAAUAUACUUCAUUGUUAAUUAAAAAAACUUAUACCAAAAGUGGUAUAGAUCUUAUCAAAAUGGAUUGGAAAAACGUUCGUUAUAACGAGGAUCGUCAAAUCAUGUUAGAUUAUGCUACAUUUGGUCGUAGAUUGAUUAUAAUUAGUGCACUUUUUAUGUUUGGUGGUUCAUCAAUGUAUCGUUUUAUCGUACCAAUUUCAACCAAAAUAGUUGCUGAUAAUAUUACGUAUAGACGUUUGGUUUAUCCUAUACCAAGUAUAAUGUUUGACGCUCGUCAAAGUCCCAUCAACGAGCUUAUGAUCGUUAUUCAAGGUUCCUUAGGAAUGGUUGUUAAUACAAUAACUGUUGGUGCUUGUGGUAUUGCUGCUGUUUUCGUUAUGCAUAUCUGUGGUCAAUUAGAGGUGUUGAUUACCUGGUUAAAAUAUUUAAUAGAUGGACGUGUCAAUCAAAAUGAAAAUAUCAAAGAACGUUUGGCUGAAAUUGUUAAGAAACAUGUACAAUUGUUAAGUUUUAUAUCGUUAACAGAAAAUUUGUUAAAUGAAAUAUCCAUAGUAGAAGUAUUUGGAUGUACUUUAAAUAUGUGUCUUCUUGGUUAUUAUACUCUUCUCGAUGGUAUAAGUGAUCCUUUACGAACUAUGGCAUGGUUUACACUGCUCAUAUCAUUUGGCUUUAAUAUUUUUAUAUUUUGUUAUAUAGGAGAACUUCUUACGGAACAGUGCAGAAAAGUUGGUGAGGCAUCUUAUAUGAUCAAUUGGUACAGAUUACCUGGAAAGGAAGGUUUGGCCUUGAAAUUAAUAAUAUCGAUGGCCGCAUCAUCCGGAAGAUUUUCUGCUGGAAAAUUUAUUGAAUUAUCUUUAUCCAGUUUUGGUGACGUGAUCAAAGCAUCGGUCACGUAUUUAAAUAUGCUACGAACAGUCAUUUCCCGGUUAUCCUGA